CCCUGGCGGCUCCGGCGGGGCGAGCAAGAUGGCGGAGGGCGAGGCCUGCGUUGGUCCAGUGGAGCCUCCCAAGGAUGGGGAGGAGGAGGCGGCCAAGACGUUCAAAGAUCUGGGCGUGACAGACGUGCUGUGUGAAGCCUGCGACCUGUUAGGAUGGAAGAAGCCAACCAAGAUCCAGAUCGAAGCCAUUCCAGUAGCCCUUCAAGGCCGGGACAUCAUCGGCCUAGCGGAGACGGGCUCGGGCAAAACGGGGGCGUUCGCCCUGCCCAUCCUGAACGCGCUCCUGGAGACCCCCCAGCGCUGCUUCGCCCUGGUUCUUACGCCCACCCGGGAGCUGGCGUUCCAGAUUUCCGAGCAGUUCGAGGCCCUGGGAUCGUCCAUCGGUGUACAGAGCGCGGUCAUCGUGGGCGGCAUCGACUCCAUGUCUCAGUCUCUGGCCUUGGCUAAGAAGCCUCACGUCAUCAUCGCCACUCCGGGCCGUCUGAUCGACCACUUAGAGAACACCAAGGGUUUCAACCUGCGAGCCCUCAAGUACCUGGUCAUGGAUGAGGCUGACCGUAUCCUCAACAUGGACUUCGAGACUGAGGUGGACAAGAUUCUCAAAGUGAUACCUCGAGACCGGAAGACCUUCCUCUUCUCCGCCACCAUGACCAAAAAGGUGCAAAAGCUGCAAAGAGCCGCUCUCAAGGACCCCGUGAAGUGCGCGGUGUCUUCCAAGUACCAGACGGUGGAGAAGCUGCAGCAGUACUACCUGUUCAUCCCCUCCAAGUUCAAGGACAGCUACCUGGUCUACCUACUGAACGAACUGGCCGGAAACUCCUUCAUGAUCUUCUGCAGCACCUGCAACAACACGCAGCGCACGGCGCUGCUCCUGCGCAAUCUGGGCUUCACGGCCAUCCCCCUGCACGGCCAGAUGAGCCAGAACAAGCGUCUGGGGUCUCUGAACAAGUUCAAAGCCAAAGCCCGCUCCAUCCUACUGGCGACUGACGUGGCCAGCCGCGGCCUGGACAUCCCCCACGUGGACGUGGUGGUCAACUUCGACAUCCCCACCCACUCCAAGGACUACAUCCACCGUGUGGGGCGGACGGCCCGGGCCGGACGCUCAGGCAGAUCCAUCACUUUUGUCACGCAGUACGACGUGGAACUGUUCCAGCGAAUCGAGCACCUGAUUGGGAAGAAGCUUCCCGCCUUUCCGACCCAGGAGGAGGAGGUCAUGAUGCUGACGGAGCGGGUGGCCGAGGCCCAGAGAUUCGCUCGCAUGGAGCUCCGGGAGCACGGGGAGAAGAAGAAACGGUCUCGCGACGACGCGGCAGAUAACGACGACACCGAAGGUGCCAUGGGCGUCCGAAACAAAGUGGCCGGGGGGAAGGCCAAGAAGAGGAAACCCCGUUAACGCCGCCCAUCCGGGUGAGUGGAGGGGGCAGCGCUGAACUCUUCCUUCCGGGUCCCCCCCGGCGGCCUCCCCCCGGACACGGAACCUGAUCAGGUCUCUUCCCGGGAUGCUGCACAGACAGUCCUUGAUCUGACGUCGACUUCUUACUUGGGAAGGUGGACAGGGUGUGGGGGCCACGGGGGUGGGGAAACACACGUCGGCUUACGUGGAACUCCGGGGCGACCCUGCCCUCUCUACUCAUCGUGCUGCCGGGAGAAGAGUAAAGGACAACUGAGUUUAUUUUUCAAAAAGCCGAGGCUAUCGGAGCUGUGUGGGAUGAGGGUCGGGGGCACACCUACUGCCAGCCGUGUCCUUGCGGGCUAGGGAUGGGCAAGGAGGAAGCGGUCUCCCUGGGCCCUUGGCUUCCAUCCCUGCUAGGGCUGGCAACACAGCAGGCGGGCUGACUGCCCUCUCCAAGUGACUCCCGAUAGCCCAGGCCUCCCCAGGUCACAGCGGGCACAGAGGGACAAUGCCCAGCCUGUCUUCGGGUAAGGUUUCACUUUACAGCCUUGUCGUGGUGUCAGUCAAUUGCCUCAGUUAACUCAUCCACUAAAUGGGGAUUCAAAACC